CCACAAUACGUGCGGUAGCUGCCCGCCUAAUAAACAGGAGCGCUCCCUCUUUUCUCUCGACUUUGGCUCUAACAAUAAAAUUUAUUUUUACUAGUCAACAACAUGUCUCACUGUAAGUUCGAGCAACCUCGUCACGGUUCGUUGGCCUUCCUCCCCCGCAAGCGCGCCGCCAGCCACCGCGGACGCUGCAAGACCUUCCCCAAGGACAACGCCGCCGACCCUCCCCACCUCACUGCCUUCCUUGCCUACAAGGCCGGUAUGACUCACGUUGUGCGCGAUCUUGACCGCCCCGGAUCCAAGGUCCACAAGAAGGAGAUUGUUGAGGCCGCCACCGUUAUCGAGGCUCCCCCGAUGGUCAUUGUCGGUGUUGUUGGCUACAUCGAUACCCCCCGCGGCAUGCGCGCUCUUACCAGCGUCUGGGCUGAGCACCUCUCUGAUGAGGUUAAGCGUCGCUUCUACAAGAACUGGUACCGUUCCAAGAAGAAGGCCUACACCAAGUAUGCCUCCAAGUACUCCACUGACAACGGCAAGGAGAUCACCCGCGAUUUCGAGCGCAUCAAGAAGUACAGCUCGUCCGUCCGCGUCAUUGCCCACACUCAGAUGAACAAGGUCAAGGUUGGCCAGAAGAAGGCUCACAUUAUGGAGAUCCAGAUCAACGGCGGCACCAUUGCCGAGAAGGUUGACUGGGCCCGCGAGCACUUCGAGAAGACCGUCUCCGUCGGCGACGUCUUUGAGAAGGACGAGGUCAUUGACGUUAUUGGCGUCACCAAGGGUCAUGGUGUUGAGGGUGUCACCGCCCGUUGGGGUACCAAGAAGCUUCCCCGCAAGACCCAUCGUGGUCUGCGCAAGGUCGCCUGUAUUGGUGCCUGGCAUCCUUCCCGUGUCAUGUACUCCGUGGCACGUGCCGGUCAGGAUGGUUACCACCACCGUACCGAGGCUAACAAGAAGAUCUACCGCAUUGGUAAGGGCGACGACAAGUCGAACGCCUCGACCGAGUUCGAUCUGACUGUCAAGCGUAUUACCCCUCUCGGUGGCUUCCCCCACUACGGUGAGGUCAACGAGGACUUCAUCAUCAUCAAGGGUAGCUGCGUCGGUGUCAAGAAGCGCAUCCUCACCCUGCGCAAGUCCCUCCGCGUCCACACCAAGCGCUCCGCCCUCGAGAACGUCAGCCUGAAGUUCAUCGAUACCUCGUCCAAGUUCGGCCACGGUCGUUUCCAGACCAAGGAGGAGAAGAAGGCCUUCAUGGGUACCCUCAAGAAGGACCUCGUCGAGGCCUAAGCUCUGUGAAACCGCUUUGGGUGUGUUUUGUAGUUUUGAAAUUUACUUUGAAAUAUACCCUUGCCUUCAUACUGCCAAA